GGCGGGACUCUUCCCUUUGUGGGCGCCGCGCGCACGGCCGGGAGCGCCCGCCCGCCCCGCCGCGGUCCCCGGCCGCCCUGUCUCCCUGAGCGGCCCUAGAGAGAGCGGCCCAGGGACGCGCUGCCGCGAGCCUGAGCCUCACGCCGACGAGCUCCGCACCCCGGCCCGGCCGAGCUCCACGCCGCCGCAGACUCGCUGCUCCGCCGCGCUCCGGGCCGCUCCCGCUCGGCCACCGCGGCCGCCUCCCCACGCGCGCGCGCACACACACUCACACGCACACACUCACCCUCACGCACCCCGCCCCUCUCCCCCGCCCCUGCUGGCCCUUGAUCUCCGGGUCUGUUUUAUUACUCCUGGUGCGAGUCCCGCGGACUCGGCGGCCCGCUAUUUGUCAUCAGCUCGCUCUCCAUUGGCGGGGAGCGCGGAGCCGCGGAGGAGGGGUGGGGAGGGGAGGGAGGAAGGGGUGGAAACUGCCUGGAGCCUCUCUCCGCGCCGCUGUUGGGGCUGCCGCUGCCUCCGCCGCCGCCUCCGGCUCCUCGCUCGGCCCCUCUCCGCCUCCAUGUGCCGGAUAGCGGGAGCGCCGCGGACCCUGCUGCCGCUCCUGGCGGCCCUGCUCCAGGCAUCUGUAGAGGCUUCUGGUGAAAUCGCAUUAUGCAAGACUGGAUUUCCUGAAGAUGUUUACAGUGCCGUCUUAUCGAAGGAUGUGCAUGAAGGACAGCCUCUUCUCAAUGUGAACUUUAGCAACUGCAAUGGAAAGAGAAAAGUACAGUAUGAAAGCAGUGAGCCAGCAGACUUCAAGGUGGAUGAGGACGGCAUGGUAUAUGCCGUGAGAAGCUUUCCACUCUCUUCUGAGCAUGCAAAGUUCCUGAUCUUUGCCCAGGACAAGGAGACUCAGGAAAAAUGGCAAGUGGCAGUGAAGCUGAGCCUUAAACCAACCUUAACUGAGGAGUCAGCAAAGGAAUCACAUGAAAUUGCAGAAAUAGUGUUCCCAAGACAAUCCACCAAGCACAGCAGCUCCCUGCAGAGGCAGAAGAGAGACUGGGUCAUCCCUCCAAUCAACUUGCCAGAAAACUCCAGAGGACCUUUUCCUCAGGAGCUCGUCAGGAUCAGGUCUGAUAGGGAUAAAAACCUCUCGCUUCGGUACAGCGUCACUGGGCCAGGAGCUGACCAGCCUCCGACCGGCAUCUUCAUUAUCAACCCCAUCUCGGGUCAGCUGUCAGUGACCAAGCCCCUGGAUCGCGAGCUGAUAGCCCGGUUUCAUUUGAGGGCACAUGCAGUAGAUAUUAAUGGCAAUCAGGUGGAGAACCCAAUUGACAUUGUCAUCAAUGUUAUUGACAUGAAUGAUAAUAGACCUGAGUUCUUACACCAGGUCUGGAAUGGGACUGUUCCUGAGGGAUCGAAGCCUGGAACGUAUGUGAUGACCGUAACUGCUAUUGAUGCUGAUGACCCGAAUGCCCUAAAUGGAAUGUUGAGGUACAGAAUCCUGUCCCAGGCUCCGAGCACCCCUUCACCCAACAUGUUUACAAUCAACAAUGAGACUGGAGACAUCAUCACAGUGGCAGCUGGACUUGAUCGAGAAAAAGUGCAACAGUAUACGUUAAUAAUUCAAGCUACCGACAUGGAAGGCAAUCCCACGUACGGCCUCUCCAACACAGCCACGGCUGUCAUCACGGUGACAGAUGUCAAUGACAAUCCUCCCGAGUUUACUGCCAUGACGUUCUACGGUGAAGUCCCUGAGAAUAGGGUGGAUGUCAUAGUGGCGAAUCUAACGGUGACAGAUAAGGAUCAGCCCCAUACACCAGCCUGGAACGCCGUGUACAGAAUCAGCGGUGGAGACCCUACAGGAAGGUUUGCCAUUCAGACUGAUCCCAACAGCAACGACGGGUUAGUCACGGUGGUAAAACCCAUCGACUUUGAAACAAAUAGGAUGUUUGUCCUCACUGUAGCUGCAGAAAAUCAAGUGCCAUUAGCCAAGGGAAUUCAGCACCCGCCUCAGUCAACCGCAACUGUGUCUGUUACAGUUAUUGAUGUGAAUGAAAACCCUUAUUUUGCCCCCAAUCCUAAAAUUAUUCGCCAGGAAGAAGGCCUUCAUGCAGGUACCAUGUUGACAGCCUUCACUGCUCAGGACCCGGAUCGAUAUAUGCAGCAAAAUAUUAGAUAUACAAAAUUAUCUGAUCCUGCCAAUUGGCUAAAAAUAGAUCCUGUGAAUGGGCAAAUCACUACAAUUGCUGUUUUGGACAGAGAAUCACCAAAUGUGAAAAACAAUGUAUAUAAUGCUACUUUCCUUGCUUCUGACAAUGGAAUUCCUCCUAUGAGUGGAACUGGAACGCUGCAGAUCUAUUUACUUGAUAUUAAUGACAACGCCCCUCAAGUGUUACCUCAAGAGGCAGAGACUUGUGAAACACCAGACCCCAAUUCAAUUAACAUCACAGCACUUGAUUAUGACAUUGAUCCAAACGCUGGACCAUUUGCUUUUGAUCUUCCUUUAUCUCCAGUAACAAUUAAGAGAAAUUGGACCAUCACUCGGCUUAACGGUGAUUUUGCUCAGCUUCAUUUAAAGAUAAAAUUUCUUGAAGCUGGUAUCUAUGAAGUUCCCAUCAUCAUCACAGAUUCGGGUAACCCUCCCAAGUCCAAUAUUUCCGUCCUCCGAGUGAAGGUUUGCCAGUGUGACUCCAACGGGGACUGCACAGAUGUGGACAGGAUCGUGGGCGCAGGGCUUGGCACGGGCGCAAUCAUAGCUAUCCUACUCUGCAUCAUCAUUCUGCUCCUCCUUGUCCUGAUGUUUGUGGUAUGGAUGAAACGCCGGGAUAAAGAACGCCAGGCCAAACAACUUUUAAUCGAUCCCGAAGAUGAUGUAAGAGAUAAUAUUUUAAAAUAUGACGAAGAAGGUGGAGGAGAAGAAGACCAGGACUAUGACUUGAGCCAGCUCCAGCAGCCUGAUACCGUGGAGCCCGAUGCGAUCAAGCCUGUAGGAAUCCGGCGGCUGGAUGAGAGACCCAUUCACGCUGAGCCGCAGUAUCCAGUCCGAUCUGCAGCCCCACAUCCUGGGGACAUUGGGGACUUCAUUAAUGAGGGCCUUAAAGCUGCUGACAAUGACCCCACAGCUCCGCCAUAUGACUCCCUCUUAGUCUUCGACUACGAAGGCAGUGGCUCCACAGCUGGGUCCUUGAGCUCCCUUAAUUCCUCAAGUAGUGGUGGGGAGCAGGACUAUGAUUACCUGAACGACUGGGGGCCACGGUUCAAGAAGCUUGCUGACAUGUAUGGUGGAGGUGAUGACUGA